AUGUCGCAGGAAGGAGGCACAAACCGUCCCACCCUCGUCCGGCCAGCACCUGAGGACCCGGACAAGGCGCCUAUUGAGAAUGUCCUUGACGUCUUAGAGCUUGGCGUCUUUGGCCCAGACAUAUUCACCAACAAGCGGCCACUAUGGCAUCCCCCAGGAGCCAGGGGCGUCUUCGGAGGAGCAAUGAUUGCGAUGUGUCUGGCAGCAGGCCAGAAGACGGUCCCAGAUGACUUUACUGUCCACUCAUGUCACUGCUACUUUAUCCUCGCCGGGUCAUCAGAGAUCCCCGUCCUAUUCCACGUCGAGCGGGUCCGCGACGGCCGGAGCUUCGCCACACGAACCGUACAGGCCAGGCAGAAGGGCAAGUGCAUCUUCACGACGACCAUGUCCUUCACCAAGGAGACCCAGCCCAACACCAGCGCCCCGCCGAACCACGAGUUCAAGGACAACGUCGUGCGCCACGCCGUGCCCAUGCCCACCGACCCCGCGACGGGGAGGCCGGUGCAGGCGCCGCCCGAGGACUUCGACGACGAGCCCGAGCUGACCCGGUCGGGCGGCGGGCCGUUCCAGAGCUACCGCGCCGAGGUGGUCAACACGAGCGACGAGGACCCGGCGCCGCCGCACACCAAGAAGAUGCGGCAGUGGUACCGCGCGCGGGGCAAGAUCUCCGAGGCGGGCGGCCACCAGGCGCACAUCAACGCGCUGGCCUACGUGUCCGACUCGUACUUCAUCGGCACCGUGUCGCGCAUCCACAGGCUGUGGCGCUUCCCCUUCGCGGCCAGGGACUUCAAGGACCUCCCCGCCGACCUGAAGGACCACAUCCGCAAGCUCAACGACUUCGAGGGCUACAGCAGCAGCAGCAGCAGCAGCCGGGCGCCCGACGGCCGGCAGAGGACCCUCGAGGAGUUUGCCGAGUUCUGGAAGGACAGGCCCGAGAUCGGCAUGAUGGUCUCCCUCGACCACUCCAUCUACUUCCACGAGCCCAGGCGGGUCAAGGCGGACGAGUGGAUGAUGAGCGAGAUGGAGAGCCCGUGGGCCGGCGACGGGAGGGGCGUGGUCACGCAGCGGAUAUUCGCCGCCGACGGCACGCUGCUGGCGACCUGUUUCCAGGAGGGCGUCGUCAGACUCAAGGAGCCAGAGGCUUCGACCGGCGCCGCAGGAGCCCCGAAGCCAAAGCUGUAA